GGGUAAAGAUGGGCGGAGCUUCGUGAGGACCACGAACUAGAGAUCCUUUGAAAACAGUGGGGUUGUGGACAAAAAUAUCUGCUAAGGGGACCGUUCUGAUCGACGGGUGUCUGAUUCUUUUACAACAUCAACUGUACCGAAGAAUAAGGGAUCAGGCGUCAGGAUGAACGGUGACUCAGGUGCAGGGGUGGUGACGGCCCCCCCGCCCACCAACCCGCCCCACAAGGAGCGCUACUUUGACCGCGUGGACGAGAGCAACCCCGAGUACCAGCGCGAGAGGAACAUGGCCCCCGACCUGCGGCAGGACUUCAACAUGAUGGAGCAGAGGAAGAGGGUCUCCAUGAUCCUGCAGAGCCCGGCCUUCUGUGAUGAGUUGGAGACGAUGAUUCAGGACCAGCUGAAGAAGGGCAAGACGCCCACUAGCCUGUUGGCCCUGCAGCAGAUCGCUGACUUCAUGACCACCAGUGUACCCACCAUGUACCCAGCCGCGCCACAGGGGGGCAUGGCCGCUCUCAACAUGAGUCUGGGAAUGGUGACGCCGGUAAAUGACCUGCGGGGCUCGGACUCCAUCGCCUAUGAGAAAGGGGAGAAGCUGCUGCGCUGUAAGCUGGCCGCAUUUUACCGCCUGGCAGAUCUGUUCGGAUGGUCUCAGCUCAUCUACAACCACCUGACUGUCCGUCUGAACUCGGAGCAGGAGCGCUUUCUGAUUGUCCCGUUUGGCCUUCUGUACAGUGAGGUGUCUGCCUCCAGUCUGGUGAAGAUCAACCUGGCGGGGGAGAUAGUGGACAGGGGCAGCACCAACUUGGGGGUCAACCAAGCCGGCUUCAUGCUGCACUCCGCCAUCUACGCCGCGCGGCCCGACGUCAAGUGCAUCGUGCACAUCCACACGCCCGCUGGAGCUGCUGUGUCUGCCAUGAAGUGUGGGCUGCUGCCCAUAUCUCCAGAAGCACUGGCCUUGGGGGAGGUGGCCUACCAUGACUACCAUGGCAUCCUGGUGGACGAGGAGGAGAAUGUGCUCAUUCAGAGGAACCUGGGACCCACGAGCAAGGUGCUGAUUCUUAGAAACCAUGGACUUGUGUCUGUGGGUGAGACUGUUGAAGAGGCAUUCUAUUACAUCCACAACCUGGUCACAGCAUGUGAAAUUCAGGUGCGUACUCUGGCCAGCGCCGGAGGGCCCGAGAACCUGGUGAUGCUGGACCCAGAGAAGUACAAGGCCCGUCCCAGGCACCUGGAGCAGGUCUCGGACGGCACCAGCACACAUCCCAAGUGGCAGGUCGGAGAGCAAGAGUUUGAGGCACUGAUGCGGAUGCUGGAUAAUCUGGGCUACAGGACCGGUUAUCCGUACCGCUGCCCCUCGCUGCGCGACAAAGCUAAAAAGUACAGUGACGUGGAGGUCCCGCCGACCGCCACGGGCUACAGCAGCUCGUACGCCGAGGACAGUGACUCAGGCGCACGCUCCCCCCUCAAGCACAGCUUUCAGCGGCAGCAGCGGGACAAAAGCCGCUGGCUGAGCUCCGGCCGGCCCGCGGCAGACGAGUCCUGCGAGGACGGGUCCCAGGACGGCGGCAGCAGCCCCAAGGCGAAGACUAAGUGGACGAAGGAGGAGGGGCUACGGCAGGCUGCAGUGGCCAAUCAGUUUGUUCCGCUCAACACAAACCCCAAAGAGGUGCAGGAGAUGCGCAACAAGAUCCGGGAGCAGAACCUGCAGGACAUAAAGACGGCUGGUCCCCAGUCCCAGGUGUUGUGUGCUGGUGCUGUCGUUGAGCGCUCUACCUUCAACCAGAGGGUGUCUCUCUGGCAGGACGCCCCUCUCUCUGACUGUACGGACACUAUCGAUGGCCUUGAUCUCUCUGAGCAGGGCUAUAGCCCCGCUAGAUCUAUUAGAAAGGGUGAGCUGGUGACUGCUUCAAAAGCCAUCAUUGAGAAGGAGUACCAGCCGAGAGUCAUCGUGAGCAAGACCGGGCCCAACCCCUUCACCAAGAUCAACAACGAGGAGCUGGAGGAGUACCACAGGGAGGUGGCACUCAAGCAGAAGGAAGGGGAAGAAGUACAGGUUGAAAGUAGGAGCCCUUCCAAACCCAGGUCAGCAGCAGCAGCAGCAGCAGCGGUAGCAGUAGCAGCAGCGUCCAGCCCCUCUCACUUCCCCGUGGCUGGGGAGGUUUCAAGGGUGACCCUGAGCGAGCCGGUGGAGGUGGAGGUGGGAGCAGUCCGAGAGCCUCAGGAGGCGGCCAUCUUGGCGGCCCCUCCCUGCUCCUUCGCCCCGAGCCGAGACAGGGAGUUGAGCGUGGCCGACUCGGCUGAGAAAAGCGGUUCUCCGCCAGGAGCGGGAGGUGCCGCCGCCUCGGCGUCCCCACACUCGCCCCACAAAGACUUUCACUACGCUGUACUGCGCGCGCUGAGCUCCAACACGCAGAUCAGAGUUGACAGUGAGUCUGCAGACGCCUCCCAGGAGGGUGAAGAGGGAGAACGUGAAGGAGAAGUAGAAGGAGAUGGAGGAGACGCAGUGGAGCAGGAGGUGAAGGAGCAGAGCCCCACCUGCACACCCCCCAGCACACCGGUCAGGCCAGAAGAAGAGUCUCAGCGAGAACCGACCUUCAAGGAUGAGAGUGACGCGGCCACACUGAGACAGACCCUCCCUGACCUGACCCCGGACGACCCCUCUGAAGCCCCCGCACUUCCUGCUGAAGAAGACUCUGGCCCCGCCCACACCGACCUCACUCAACAAGCUGAGGGGGAGGAGCCAGGUUGCCCUGACGACGCCGGAGAGCAAGACCAAGACCAAGACCAAGGCAGCGACGAGUCGCCAGGCAAAUCUCCCUCCAAGAAAAAGAAGAAGUUCCGGACACCAUCUUUCCUGAAGAAAAACAAAAAGAAGACGGAAACCUAGACAGAUGUCUCUUAUUAUUUUUCUUUGCAGGUGGGGGAAAAAUGAGAAGGCCUCAUCUUACUUCAGUUUUUAGUAGUCCACUCCUUUUUUAUAUAUAUACGUUAUGAGCUUAUUUUAUGUUGACCUACAGUACAGUGUGUGCCAAUUUAGGGUUUUUUGUUUUUGAUUUGAGAGAGAGAGAGAGAGAACGAGCGAGGAAUUGGGAGAGAGAAAGUGUGAAGAAUUGCUUUGGUUUUCUUUGAGUAAUGGGUGAAGGCAUCCAGUCUGGUCCACUAUGAUUUCUGUGGCUUCUUUUGCAUGUUUGUUCUUCGGCCCACUUGUAAAGUGAGCCAUUUUAAUUCUACAGUAUUUUUUAGAAAACAUGGAUAAACCCAAUUACCGGUAAUCAUCAGUAGAAUGUAUUGGGAUUGUAUGAAAUUGUACUCCAAGUGUCUUUGGAAAAAAAAAUGAAUGCAGAAAAUGACCUGUGAAAUCAUGUCAGACAUGUUAUAAAAUAACCCUUUUAAUAAAAUACAAACUGCACGGUGCUAAAUUAUAUAUAUAUUACAUACAAUUCAGUCAAUAUUAAGUGUUGGCCAUAUACAUUGUCUGUGUACUGGGGUCCAUGCUUCUUUACCUAUUGACUUGUAAAUUACAGAAAUAAAAUGAAGAAGAAAAUUCUCAAGAAAGUGAAAAUAUGAAGGAAAAAAGUAAAAGGUAGAAGUCAUGAGCAGUAUGCAUGCAUACCUGCAACACCCAAGGGAAAAAACAAUGAAAAUGCAGUUUUCACUCUAUUUCACUAAUCUGAAGUAAUUGAUUAAGUAGAAAUGUUUUAUUUACAUCUAUUUUGAUUAUUGAAACUUGAUGCAGCUUGUAAUUGAUAAACUGUAGAAAGCUGAGAGCUAUUUGUUCUUUAUUUUAUUCUUUGUUAUAAUUUGAGAAUUUUCUUCUGGUACCACUACCACCUGAUCAAAUCCAUUGGGCCAAUGUCACCAUAACCCAUGUCAAUCAGUCACUCAACUUACCAGGGACUGUGAUGUUCUUGGGACACCAGAUUUGAACAGAACCAAAAGAAUGUUUCACCAUGUGGAACCAACUCACAAAGACGAGUGAGGGGGGAAAGACCAAUGAAUUGUAAUUUCCCCCAAUGAGUACUAUGUUUUGACCCGUAGGAAGAGAGUUGCAGACCAUCGUUUCGGUCAGUUAUUCUGUGAAUGUGAGUUUUUCCUCAAAUUGAAAGAAACAGUAAGCAAAGGUCCACGUACAGUAAUUGUGAUCUUUUCCUCUGGUGUUCUGUUCUAAGGAAACAAAUGACUUGAGAAUCUGCCAGAUCUACGGGUUAAGUAAAAAACAAUAACCAGAACCAAGCCUGUGAAACUAAAAAUAAGCCAACCUGAGCUUCUGUGUGCUUUUACAAGAUAAGAAAAGCAAGAAGCAUCUGAGCCAAACUUAACUCACAUGAUUUAAUGUCUAUGACAAAACCACUAGCUGUCUCCUGUCACAGCCCUGGUGCUCUCCACUCACAAUGUAGGAGCAGGUGGCGUCCCAAACUGAGUUAGGGUACUUUGAUCAAGCUAAUGUAUUUGAACUGGAGGCUGACAUAUACGAGACUGGACCAAUUAUUAUCACACUAACACAGCUUGGAUAGUAGACCACUGAUGAAUCAGUAUGUAUCUGUGCAAAUUGACAGAGGUCUUUCUUACAGAACUGCAUGGCAUUUAACGCUUACACUUGCAUUGUUUUUUUCCCCUCUGUACAUUCAAUCUGUAUCCCUGUUCAUAAUGUGCUCAAAUGCUAUUUUGCAUAACAACACUGGCAUAGUAGUUUUGUUUGUUUGUUUUGUUUUUAGUAUUUAGAUUAUGUUGCUGUACAGACGCAGCUAUGUUCAGCAUUUUGUGCCCUGGUUUUAUUUCUGUGUAGUACAAUUAUGAGAUUACAUCUGCAUUUUCAUGGAACUGUUUUAUUUGUGAAUCCAUGAAUAAAACUUCCUCCUUACAAUCCCA